GUCGGAGGAGGAGCUUGGCUACUUAUUUGUACGAUUGGAACAAAUCCAAAUCUCCUUACAAAACCCUGGGAAUUGGGACUAAAGAGUUAUAGAUUCAAUCAUGGUCAAGAUUGCAUAUCCCAUCCAAUGGCCGUAACCCAAACCGUCACCGUGUUGGAGCAUAUUCCGGUCUCACCACCGCCGGAAGCAACCGCCGAAGUCACUCUUCCCUUGACGUUUCUCGACGUGGUGUGGCUCUCAUUGCCACCGGUACACCGUCUCGUCUUCUACCGACACCCCGUGUCGAGAACGGAGUUCGUGGAAACCCUACUUCCCAAGAUGAGAGACUCACUUUCUAAAACCCUCCAACACUUCAGUCCACUAGCAGGGAGAGCGGUCGUCUCUCCCGACCACCUGAACCUGUCGAAAAUCUGUUACGCCGACGGUGACACCGUUCCAUUAGUCUUCGCGUUGUCAGAAGACGGCGGUUUUGACCGCCUUGCAUCAUAUGACCAUUCAAGGCCUGGUACGGAUUUCCAUCCGCUCGUACCCAGGCUGCCCCCGGCGUCACGUGCGCCGGACGGCACCAUCACGUUCCCCGUGUUAGCGUUGCAAGUGACGCUUUUCCCCGACAUAGGGCUUUGCAUGGGCGUGACCAACCACCACAUCAUCGGUGACGCGAACACCAUCUUCCGUUUCAUGAAGGCGUGGGCUUUCUUUUCGUCUUCUCCUCCUCAUCGUCACCAAGAUUCUCUGGAGCCCCAGUUCCUGCCGUUCUACGACAGAACGGCAGUCAAAGACCCGAAAGGGUUGGGGGCGGUUUUCUGGGAGUACGCGAAGAGCGUCAAUCUCGAGGAGACACUCAACGUUCAUCUCCUUCCCGAGAUCACGGACAAGGUUCGAUCCACGUUCGUGGUGACAAGGGAAGACAUCCACAGGCUCAAGAACCACGUCCUAACUCGAAGGCCAAAAAUCUCGCAUGUCUCUUCAUUUACGGUGGUCUACUCCUACGUGUGGCUUUGCUUGGUGAGAUCAAGAGUUGAGAUCAAUAAUAACAAUGUUGACAACGAUGGAGAAGAGAUGGAACACUUUAUUUUCCCGGCGGAUUGCCGGUCACGUUUGGGCACACCGAGGUUGCCCCACAACUACUUCGGCAAUUGUGUGGUACCAUGUAUGGGAAGUGUGAGGACGAAGGACCUAACGGGAGAGGAAGGGCUCGUGAAUGCCGCUGAGGUUGUGGGAGAAAGCAUUCGAAGCCAAUUGUACAAUAACAGUGAAGAAGAUGGGGUGCUAAGUGGCGCCGAAGAUUGGCUUAGCACGAUAAGUUCGAUGAAACCGGGUCGAAUCAUGGGCGUUGCUGGGUCGCCCAAGUUCGACUACUACGAGCUAGAUUUCGGAUGGGGAAAGGCCAAAAAGUUGGAAAUUCCGUCGGUCGAUAUAACAGGGGCCAUUUCUCUGAGUGCAGCCAGCAAGGAGCAUGGAGGAGGGGGGCUGGAAGCUGCCGAGCAAUUCAAGGAGGUUCUGGCUGCACUCACACCCAAUCGCGAGAUUGUGGUAGAAGAGGUGGCUGGGGGACCCACAGGCGGGAAGGCUGGACCUGCGGGCUCCCAAGGGAAAAAGAAGAAAGUAAGGCGGUCCCAGAAGAAGAAGGCGACCAAGCCUAAUGGGAAGCCUGUGAUGGAAGAUGCUCUUUCCAGACUGGAUGAAGAGGACGAGUCAUCCUCCUUCGAGCGGAUGUCUGCUUUUGACCGUUUGGGAGACCCCAAGUCAAAGAAACCUCGGACCUCUGCGUUCGAACGGUUGCAGGACACUCGGUCGGCCCGAAAAGGCGAAUUAAGGGACACGCUGAAGGAGAAGAGAGGGGAGUCCACAGCGACCUCCAAGAUCGGUUCUGAGGAGCGAAGGGCGACGGUCGGGGACAAGGGCGCGGCCGAGCUGUGGAGAAUGUACGAACAACUGGAGAAGCGACUGGACGCCCAAAACCCCUACCGCCAGGCGGUCUUCAGUGAGGUAACGCCCUUCUCCAGAAGGAUAAUGUCAUGUCCUCUCCCAGAUAAUUUCAAGACUUCCAAGAUCAAAGCGUACAACGAGACAACCGAUCCCCAGGAUCACCUCGCUCGCUUUGGGGCAAACGUGGUCAUGUAUGCGUACCCCGAAGAAAUCAAGUGUCGGUGUUUCCUGGCGACACUGGAAGGGCAGGCUUGUGAAUGGUUCCACAAGUUACCCAAAGGUUCGAUAGAUAAGUGGAGCGACCUGGCCCACAAGUUCUUGGAGCAUUUCGCGUCCAGCCAAAGACAAAAGCUCCCCUUCUCGCACUUGCUCAACGUGAAGAUUCGAAAUGGAGAGCAGCUCCGGGAGUUCAUCAAUAGGUGGGAAAAGGAGGCUAGGUACGUCCAAGGGGCGGAUGACCAAGCCCUGAUCGCCAUGCUCCAAGCUGCACUCCCCCAAGGGGAUGUGCGCAAGGAGCUGCGACGGAAUCCUCUCUUGAACUAUCAGGAGAUGUUGGCCAGGGCGAAGUACCUGGCGUUGGAAGAAGAUGAUGAUGAGCCACUAGCCCAGAAGGAGAAGAAAAGCGGGCCACCGGUGGCAGAAGGAAAGAAGAGGAAGGACUACGGUAAGGGGCCGAACCCCACCGGGUAUCACGCGAACAGGCAUCCUGUUCAUGCGGUACAGUCGUUGCCUGCCCCUCCUCCCGGUCGGGAAAGUUAUGGUGUGCAAAAUGCACCCAAAUACUGCGAGUAUCACCGUAACAGCACCCACAACACGUCGGAGUGCGUUACGCUGAGGAAGGAGAUGGAUCAGUUGAUCGAAAGGGGGCCACCUCCUCGGUCGGAGCGACCGUCCUCAAAUGAGGAGGAAAGGCAAGGUCGUCGGCACCUAGGGUGUCGGUUCAUCAUGGGGGGAAACACUGGAGGGGAUUCAGUAUCCUCCCGGAAGAAGUGGAAGAACAUGGUGUACCUGGCCGAGGUACAAAGGCCGCCGCUGCCUAAGCGGAAGAAGAAGGAACCUCUGGUCUUUACAGACGAAGAUUAUCCCCCAGUCCUCAGCCCUCACAGGGACGCUCUGGUGAUAAAGGUGGAAAUCAGUAAUGUGAUUGUUCACCGGACUUUGGUCGAUACGGGCAGCUCAGUCAAUGUUAUGUAUAGCAACACCUUUAAGGAGUUGGGGUUGUCCCGAAACGACCUGAAACCGAUCCAUACGCCAUUGUCAGGGUUCACAGGGGAUACUAUCGAAGCUGAAGGAACAAUCACGGUGAAGGCCGGGGUAGGAGAUGGCACCCACCGACUCUGGAUCGACAUGGAAUUUAUGGUAGUGCAGCUUGACUGUGCACACCAUCUGAUUCUGGGGCGACCAGGGUUGGAGGACCUGGAGUGCGUAAUCUCCCCCGUCCACUUAUGCCUAAAGUUCAAUACCCCCACUGGGGUGGGGGUGGCGAAGGGGAACCAGAGCCUGUCACGGUCGUGCUACGUUAGGGCGACCAAAAGCCAGGCCCGAGUCGACGAGAAUAGGGAGGAGGGGCGACCUCGAGCUGAGCCGGCGGAAGAAGUCGAAGAAGUUUCUUUAAACCCGAUCAAGCCAGAGCGGAAGGUGAAGGUGGGCAAAACCUUACCGCUUAAAUUAAAGGAGCAGUUAUUGGAGGUACUCCAAGCAUUCAAGGUGUUAUUCGCUUGGGAUCCAGAGGACAUGCCUGGGGUUGACCCAAAAAUCAUCUGCCAUAGAUUGGCAGUGGAUCCGACCCACAAGCCGGUCAAGCAGAAGAAACGUUUCCUCUCCUCAGAACGAAGAGAGUUUGUCACCAAGCAGGUGACAACCCUACAAUCCAUUGGGCACAUCCGGGAAGCCCGCUACCCGGAAUGCCCAAAUGCCCCAUCACGGGUCAGCAAGUGGGGAGUGUUCCUGGGAUCUUUUCAGAUAGAGUUUAAGCCACGACCGGCGAUAAUGGGGCAGGUGUUGGCAGAUUUCGUGGUAGAAUGCACAGCAAGAGAGGUGGAGUCUAGUGGAGAAGAACCCGAAGGGAGCUGGUGGACGGUGUACACUGAUGGUUCGUCCGCGACUGAUGCUUCUGGGGGAGGCGUCGUGGCGAUAUCACUAGAAGGGUUCAAAGCAUACUACUCCGUUAGAUUCCGGUUUAAAGUCUCAAACAAUGAGGCUGAAUACGAGGCGCUGCUUUACGGUUUGAGGCUAGCAGCUUCAUUAAAAGCUGAACGAAUUCAAGUCCGGUGCGAUUCCAAGCUAAUAGUAGGUCAUGUCACUGGAGAGUUUGAGGCCAAGGAUGAGCAAAUGAAAAAGUAUAGAGACAUCGCCCUGGAAUUGCUCAAAGCGUUUGGAGCGUACCGGAUAGAGCAGGUACCUCGAGAAGAGAAUGCUGAGGCGGACAUCUUGUCAAAGCUUGGCCCGGAUUCCCCAGAUCAUAUCAAGGCAAUGACCCAGGAAGAAGAAUUGCUCGAACCAAGAAUCAGUCUCGGACAAGUAUUGGUCAUCACACUUAAGGAGCCAGCGGAUUGGAUCGAUGAGAUUACCAUGUACCUCCUUGACGGGUCGCUACCUACCAACCCAAUCACAGCAAAAGUGGUAAAACGACGUGCACCCAAUUACACGCUGGAGUGCGGUCGGCUGUACAAGCGGUCGUACAAUGGUAUAUUGUUGAGAUGCUUAAGAGCGGACGAGGCGCAGAAGUUAAUGGAGGAAAUCCAUGAAGGGAUAUGCUCAGCGCAUCAGGGAGCCUUCACCAUGUCCAGGAAGGUCACACUGCAAGGAUACUUUUGGCCAACGAUUAUCAGAGAUUGUGCAGAAUACGUGCGGAGAUGCAAGGUUUGCCAAGAAUUCCAAAGGAUGCCGGGGCGACCGGCGACGAAUUAUACCCCGAUCAGCACAGCAACUCCCUUUGCCCGGUGGGGUAUUGAUCUGGUUGGCAUUUUGCAUCGGGGGACAGGGAACAACACGUAUCUAGUGGUCGCGAUCGACUAUUUUACCAAGUGGGUCGAGGCCGCCCCCGUACCAACCAUCACUGAGGAACAGAUGAGGAAGUUUGUGUCCAAGCAAAUCUUGUGCCGAUUUGGGGUGCCCCAGCAGAUCAUCACCGACAAUGGAACCCAGUUUGAGGCCAGAGGGUUCAAUGAGUUUCUACAGAGCUGGGGCAUAAAGCACAGCUAUGCAGCGGUCGGGUACCCCCAAACCAAUGGACAAGUCGAGAACACUAAUCAUACCAUCGUGGACGGUCUCAAGAAGAAGAUAAUGGAAUGCAAAAGCGCCUGGGUAGAGGAGUUGCCCUACAUCUUGUGGACCUAUAGGACCACCCCGAGGAAGGCUACAGGUGAAACUCCUUUCUCGCUCACAUAUGGAUUCGAAGCAAGGGCUCCAGCGGAGACCUCGUUGCUGAGUUAUAGAGUGGAGACGUUCGACGCCCAGGAGAAUGAAGAAAACUUGAGGGUAGAGCUGCACCUCAUUGAUGAACGAAGAGAGAGGGCGUACAUACGGGCAGAGAACUACCGCCGGCAGGUCAAGUCAUACCACGACCAACUUGUGCGACCAAGGCAGUUCAAGGUAGGCGACUGGGUCCUUCGGAAAAGGGAGGUCAGUCGGCCGACCGAUGGAGGGAAGUUUGCCAAAAGCUUCGAAGGGCCAUAUAUCAUAAAGGAGGUGUUGGCUGACGGGACAUUUAGAUUGCAGACUCCGGCCGGUGGCGACGUUCCGCGAGUAUGGAAUGCCGCCAACCUUAUUAAAUUCUAUCAAUAGAUUGUAUUCCAGCCAUGUCUCUCUCUUGAAGUUUAAUAAAACCAGCAUUCUGGCAUGUCUUGUCUCCAAUUCCAAAAAAAAAGGAGCGACCACAAGAGAUCGCUAAGCCUAAAUUGCAUGGUGAUUCGUGCUAAGAUACCCAGUGGGGGGUGAGGCGUCGAACCCUGUCGAGCGACCAAGGUUGAGGGUUAUCAAGCAACGCGACUAAUCAGAGGACGACGCCGUGGCAAGAAAGCCUGAGAAAAUGG